AUGACGCUCUUCCGGCGCCUCUCUUCCUUCCUGCCUUCCUGCCGGGAGCUCUCCCGGGUCCUGAAGCCCGCCCGCCCGCCCUUCCGCCCGCCUCCGCUCGGCUGGGCUGUGCGCGUGAGGCGGCGCUGUCCUUCAGCACCCGGGCCCGAGCCCUCGCUCUUCCUUUCCGCCUCCCGCCCGCUCCCGCCCCCGCCCCGCCCGGCCCGGCCUCGCUUCCUUCCUCCGGGGCCCCGGCGGAGGGGGAGGGCAUGCGCUUCCGCUUCCGCUUCCGCCUCCCGGCGGGGCUUCCGCUUCCUCCUGCUCCUGCUCCUCCUGCUCCUGCUCCUCGCCGGCCAUGGUGAGCGGCCGGGGCGGAGGGGGCGGGGCGCGGUGGAGGAGGCGGCGGCGGCGGAGGAGGAGGGCGGCCGGAAGCGGAAGAGGGCGCGGGCGCGGGGGGAGCCGGGGGGCAGGAAGGAGCUGAGGCCCCUCCGCGGGGGAGGAUGCGCCCCCCUCGAGGGGGGGGAGGAGGAGGACCCGGGAGGCCCCGCCGCCGCCGCCGCCGCGCGCCCCCGCCGCCGCCGCCCCCGCCGCCCCUGCCCCGCGUCCUCCUGCUCCUGCUCUGCCUCUGCCUCUUCCUGGCCUCCGCCUCCGCGGAAGAGGAGGAGGAGGAGGAGGAGGACGGGGAGGCGCUGGGCCCGGGGGCCGCCUGCGGGAGCGCCCCCCCGCUGGCCCCGCGCCUGGCCGCCCUGCGCCUCCCCUUCUGCGCCGCCUACUCGCUGGGAGACCUGCUCCGCGGGAUGGCCCGCCCCGAGGGGCUCGACUGCGCCGCCCUCCUCCCGCCCCCCCGCCGCCCCCCGAGGCCCCCCGCCGCCGCCGCCCCCCCGCCCCGCGCCUCCCCUCGGGGACUGGGGCCCCCGCUGCGCCGCCUGCCUCGAGGCCUACCUCCGCCUCGACGCCCACGCCCGCGAGAAGCACGCCGAGUUCGCCGCCCUCCUCGCACGCCUCCCCCAGGCCCGGGACCCCUACUCCGUCCGCGCCUGCCUCCACGACUGCCAGGCGGCCUACAAGGCGUGGCUGUGCUCGGAGUACUUCCACGUGGCGCAGCUGCAGUGCGCGCACCGGGUCCCGUGCCAUCAGUACUGCCUGGCGGUGCAGAGCAAGUGCCCCUUCGUCCUCCCCGACAACGACCAGCUCAUCUACGGCGGGCUCCCGGGAUUCCUCUGCACAGGACUGAUGGAGACCCCGCUUCCGGAGCAGGAGGCCAAGUGCUGCGCCCUCCAAUGGGACUCAUGCGGACGGCGGACGGAGCGCGGCCUCAACGCCUCCUCCUCCACGGACGCCUCGGAGCCCUUUGACGGACACCCUCCGCACUCCCACCAGCAGCAGCAGCAGCAGCAGCACUACCACCUGUACUACCACCACCACCCUGCCCCUCCGCCGCCCCCGUCGCAGCCCCCGCCCCUGCUGCCGGUCUCCGCGGGGUCCCGCCUGGGCCCCUCCAGCAGGGUCCGCCUGGGCCUCCUGCUCCUGAUCCUCCUGCACACCGUGGUGUCCUUCUCGGGCGGAGGCGGAGGCGGCAGUGGCGACAGGGAGGCGGGCGGGGGGCGAGGGCGGGAGGAGUGACCGUGCGGACGGCCCCCUGCGAGGGGCAAUGGCAGCAGCAGCAGCAUCGGCGCAUCCUCCACGGAGGGGACGGCUCUCCUCCCGCCAAAGGGCCACCGUGCCGGCGCCGGCAACAGCAGUCGGUCAGCCGGACGGUCGGU